AUGUUCACAUGGCUCGUCCAGGAAUCGGCAAAUAACUGUGCGGAUAUAAACGGAACAAAGGGUCUCAUGGGCGAAGGAACGACAAAGUUGAUCUGGCAGUAUCUGGGAGAAUCGAAGGGCAUUGGUACAUUCUUUUAUGAGAAAAGACAGGGUUCACCGGUACGUACGAGGAAUAUAUUUUCUACGUGCUCUCGAAUGGUCAGAAAUCGUUCGAAAGAUUUGAAGAAUGAAACAUAGAAAGAUAAUCGAAAAAAGAGAAAAGAAAAAAAAAAUGUCACACAGAAUACUUUAUAUAUAGCUCGAAAGCUGUAGUUCACAGCGCCAGCAGGUCGGUGAUAUAAAUACCCCGCCCACUCCGUAUAAGGUAAAAUCCGACCAUUGCCCAUAAGCCCCUAAUUUUCCACUGGGCCACCAAGAUGUGGUAAAGCAUUCUGCGUUGAUAUAUUCAGAUUUCGCUUAUUUUGAGAUAUGAACCUCAAAGUGGGGAUAGCGGGCGUACUAUUUCAUGGUGCGCCGAGGUUUAGGCGGUAGCUAGCGCGUCUGCCGAUAUAGGCAUGAAGUAUGGCACUCGUUGUUUACCUACUUGAGUAGUGAAUCGAUAUUCAUCUUCCAAAUACUACUCCGACUUCGGUACAAUUCGAGAUCAAAACGCGAAUCUCCUUCCAACUUUUCUGCCUUCUUCUCUCAACUCCAACAACAUCUCAGGUCCCAAUGAAACCACACCCUUCAAGCCUAAUCAGGUACAUUGUAUUGCCCUCAAACGCAAUCUUCUUGACCUCCGCAUACACCGCGUUCCAACAGCUUCGCAUCACAUCAGAUCGUGAGGUAACCUUUCCCGCUCUUUCAGCUUCACCUUCCCUGAAAGAUUAGGAUUUUUUUCCAGAUUCGCAAGUCCCUUAGGUUCCUCUUCUGAGAGUAAUUCUACAUCACCCCAUUUCAUCUUCAUUUCAUACUAACCAUUUUCGCAGUCUGCAAAUCAUGGCUACCAGAAUUAUCGACAUGAGCUUGUACCCUCCAGAGAUUGUCAUCGAAGAUGAUAAGAUCGACUCAGGACCAUAUCCCUACAAAAAAUUUCCCGACUCGUUCAUGAAAGAAUACACCCCGUACAUCAUGCUUGAUUUCGACUAUUUUACUCUGCUUACUAAACACAAGCCUAGCAAAGGGGUCCCAAUACAC